GGGAAAGGGGAGGCGUGGGGCGGUGGCACGUGGAGCCGGUUGCAGCAUGGCGCGGAGCGGGCGGCUCCGCUCGGGCGCCGCCGCCAAACUGAAGCGGUGGCGGAAGGGACACAGCAGCGACUGCAACCCCGAGACCCGCCAGCACCGUCUGGCCGCCCGUAGCCGCUUCUACAGCCGGCCGGCGGAGAAAAGCAACUUGACAGUGGAUGCGGUGAAGCUGCACAAUGAGCUGCAGUCAGGGUCCCCACGUUUGGAGCGGCCAAGUGACAGCGCUCAGCUCCAUAUGGAGGAGGACGAUACUGGGGAGGCCGCCACGGAGAAGUCCUCCGGCACCUUCCUGAGCGGGCUGAGUGACUGCACCAAUGUCACCUUCAGUAAGGUGCAGCGCUUCUGGGAGUCCAACUCUGCCGCUCACAAAGAGAUCUGUGCUGUGCUGGCAGCCGUGACGGAGGUGAUCCGCUCGCGGGGCGGCAAGGAGAGUGAGACAGAGUACUUUGCCACGCUGAUGACUACGCUGGAAGCGGUGGAGUCCCCCGAGUCACUGGCUGCUGUUGCCUACCUGCUCAACCUCGUCCUAAAGCGGGUCCCAAGCCCUGUGCUCAUAAAAAAGUUCUCAGAUGCCUCGAAAGCCUUCAUGAGUAUCAUCUCCUCGCAGGCCUGCAACAGUUCCACCUCUGCCCUGCGAUGGGUCCUCUCUUGCCUGGCCACGCUGCUGCGGAAGCAGGACUUGGCAGCCUGGAGCUACCCUGUCACCCUCCAAGUCUAUCACGGCUUGCUGAGCUUCUGCGUUCAUACCAAGCCCAAGGUGCGGAAAGCAGCACAGUACGGCGUGUGCUCUGUCCUGAGGGGCAGUGAGUUCAUGUUUGGAGAUGCGGCCCCUGAGCAUCACCCCGCGGCACCUUCCACCGCCAAGUUCUGCGUGCAGGAGAUCGAAAAAUCUGGAGGCACCAAGGAGGCCACCACCACCCUGCACAUCCUCACCCUGCUGCGGGACCUGCUGCCCUGCUUCCCCGCAGCCGUGGUGAAAACCUGCUGCGAGACCUUGCUCCGAGUCAUGACCCUCAGCCACGUGCUGGUGACAGCAUGCGCAAUGCAAGCCUUCCAUAGCCUUUUCAGUGCCCAGGCCAGCGUGGCCUGCCUGCCAGCCGAGCUGAAUGCCCAGAUCAUCACCGCCCUCUACGACUACGUGCCCAGCACGAGUGACCUGCAGCCGCUGCUGACCUGGCUGUCCACCAUGGAGCGGGCGCACAUCAACCUGGGCAGGCUGCAGAAGGACCUGUGCUGGGCUCACCUGCCCCGCCUCUUCUCGGCUGCCAUGAACUGCUUCCUCUCUCCACACUCCCAGGUGGUGUCGGCAGCAGCGCAGACCCUGGAGACACUCCUGAGCGAGUGCGUUGCUCCCCACAUGGACGACCUGGGCACCGUCUCUGCAUCUGCCCCAGCCCCUGCCACCUACCUGUGCAAGAUGUUCAGAUCAGUGGAGGAAGGCCUGACAUAUCGUUUCCAUGCAGCGUGGGACGAGGUGCUGCGAGUGCUGGAGGUCUUCUUUGAGACAUGUGGGAAGCAGUGCCACCCCAUCAUGAGGAAGUGUCUGCGGUCUCUGUGUGACCUACGUCUCUCCCCACACUUCCCCUACACCGCUGAAGUUGACCAGGCGGUGGGGGCUGCUGUGAGUGCCAUGGGCCCCGAGGUGCUGCUGGAAGCCGUGCCCCUGGAGAUCGACGGCAAGGAGGAGACACUGGAUUUCCCCCGCAGCUGGCUCCUGCCUGUGCUGCGGGACUAUGUGCAGGGUGCGCGGCUCGGCUUCUUCACCAGCUACUUCUUGCCCUUGGCGGCCACCCUGAAAAGCAGAGCCGUGGAGUUUACCCAGGCUGGGAAGAGCAUGGAGGCCAAGAUCUAUGACACGCUGCAGUGGCAGGUCUGGACCCUGCUGCCCGGCUUCUGCACCCACCCCACGGAUGUGCUGGGGUCCUUCAAGGGGCUGGCCCGCACCCUGGGCAUGGCCAUCAGCGAGCGCCCGGACCUGCGCCCCACCGUGUGCCAGGCCUUGCGCACCCUCAUCAACAAAGGAUGCGAGACAGAUGCAGAGAAGGCAGAAGUGGGUCGCUUUGCCAAAAAUUUCUUGCCUAUCCUGUUCAAUGUGUACAGCCAGUCCGAGGAGGACGGGGGCAGCAGUGCUCAGCGCCGCUCCGUGCUGGACACUGUCCGAGCUUACUUGACCAUCACCGAUCCCCAGAUGGUGUGUGGGUUCCUGCAGAAAGCGAGCGAGAAGCUGACCAGUCCUGAGAGCUCCGAGUUUGCCAGACACUCCAUCCUGGACCUGGUGGUGGCAAUGGCACCCUACGCUGAUGAACAGGCCCUGGGCUCCCUGUACCGCACCAUCCAGCCUUCCCUCCAGAGCAAGGAGCGCAGCAUGCAGAAGAAGGCGUACCGUGUGCUGGAGGAGGUGUGUGCCGCUCCCCAUGCCCCCUGCCAGGCCUUCGUCCGCUCCCACCUGCAGGAUCUGCAGACAACGCUCCUGGAAUCGCUCAAAAGCGCAGCUUCCCCAGCCAAGAGGCCCCGGCUGAAGUGCCUGUUCCAUAUCGUGAAGCAGCUUUCUGCAGAGCAUGAGCCCUUCGUCACUGCCCUGGUCCCAGAGGUCAUCCUCUGCACCAAGGAAGUGUCAGUGGGGGCCCGCAAGAACGCCUUUGUGCUGCUUGUGGAAAUGGGGCAUGCCUUCAUCCGCUUCGGGCCCACACCCCAAGAGGGCAUGCAGCGGUUCCUGUUCCUGAUCUAUGCGGGGCUCACGGGCUCGGUCACCAUGAUCAGCUGCACAGUGCUGGCACUGACCCGUCUGUUCUUUGAGUUCAAAGAUCACCUGGAGCUGAGUGUGGUGGAGCAGCUCCUGCAGAACAUCUGCCUGCUGCUGGCCUCCCGCACACGAGACGUGGUGAAGGCAGCCCUGGGCUUCCUCAAGGUCACACUGCUGCUGGUGGACACCAAGCUGCUGGCCAAGCACGUCCAGGCGAUGCUGGAGGCUGUGGGGAACCUUUCAGAUGACAUGAGACGCCACUUCCGUAUGAAGCUGCGAAACCUCUUCACCAAGUUCAUCCGCAAGUUCGGCUUUGAGCUGGUGAAGGGGCUGCUGCCGGCCGAGUACCACAAGGUGCUGGCGAACGUCCGCAAGGCAGAAGCCCGGAGCCGCAAGCAGCGUGCCCUAAGGCGGGCAGCUGCGGAUACAGAUGAAGAGGAGGCACCACCUGCACAGCCCAGAGGAGACAGCUUUGAGGAAAUCCUGGCUGACUCAGAGGAUGAGGAGGAGGAAGAGGAAGAACGGCAGCGGAGCAAGGAGUGGAGGAAGCAAGCACGGCAGAAGGGCCAGGCCUGGCUGAAGGAAGGGGAAGAGGAUGAGCCCCUCAACUUCCUGGACCCCAACGUGUCCCAGCGGGUGCUGGCCACCAAGCCAGGCCCAAAGCGGUCCAGAGGAGUGAGCCAUGACUUCCAGGUGUCUGAGGAUGGGCGCCUGAUCAUCCAUGAAGAGGAGGAUGAGGUGGACGAUGAUGAAGCCAAAGGAGCGGAUGAGGAGAUGGCGGAUGUGCUGCAAGAUGUGGGUCUCCGCAGUAAGAAAAGCCAGAAGCGUCGGUUCAGAGAGGAGCAAGGCCAUGAGGAAGCCGAGGCUGGGACCUACCCUCAGUACAGGCCUGGAGGCUCUGGGAUCCACCGGCAGCUGAGCAAGGAGCCGGCCUUCGGUGCAGAGUACAGAUCCAAGAAAGGCAAAGGUGACGUGAAGAAGAAGGGCCAGCUCGACCCCUAUGCCUACAUCCCCCUGAACAGAGCUAAACUCAACAGAAGAAAGCGGGCGAAAAUGCAGGGCCAGUUCAAGGGCCUGAUGAAGGGAGCCCAGCGUGGGGCCAAGGCCGGCCGCAGGAACCGUCUGAAGGCCCAGCGCCCCUGAGGAGCUUCAGAUCUGUUUAAAAGCCUGCGGGUGGAAGAGGAGCUCUUGUACUGGUACUGGUCCUGCCGUGUCAGGAGCACUGUCCCCAUCCUCCUUCCCCACCCAGGACUCUGACUUGGACCCUUCAGCCCAGGGCUGUGUUGAGGUGGUGCUGCUCUAAUCCUGCCAGAAGGGAGCUCGCAGCCUGGUUUAUGGGACAGGCAUCUCCAGCAGCACCUCCUGACUGCUUUCAGUCAGCAAGAGCUACGUCCAUCUUCCUUUGCUGCCUGCAGCCCUGGCCUGAUGCCCUGAGGGCAGGACAGGGGGAGACAGGCAGCAGUCACCUUCCAAGCCCCCCCCAGCACCUGUAAUAUGCAGCUCUAGGCCCACCAGAGCUAUCUGUCUUUCUGCUUUCUCCUUGGAGACGGGGCCUGGAGAAGGCUGUAGCUAAUUCAUUUAAAAGCUUCAGAUUACUCACUGUAUUGUUCUUCAUUUGCAUGUUGUUGCUUAAAUUAGUGCAUGCCUGCUUGGAACAGAAGAGUUUCAUUAGCACAGAGGAUGGUGUUCGCCUUAGCUGGUGUCCAGAGAACAGAUUCUUCUGCAACAACAUCUUGUUAAUCAGCUAAUUAAUCAUGUAAUGCAAUAGAAACCCUUGGAGAGGAGACGUCAUCCUGCCCAGGGAGGCUGGCUGCGAGUCAAGCCUGCUCCCCACCAGCAGCUGUCCCUGGCAGGGAGUAGAGCUGCGUCUUGGGGGUCCGCAGGAGGCUGAGCCCAUCCCUCUGCUGUGGGGCAGGGUGAGGGGGAUGCGGGGUUCUGCCCCACGCAGAUGCCAGACACAAAUAUUUUGCAGUUACCUGCAGAGAAGCGAAAGACAGGGACAUGGAGGGAUGCCUGGCUUUUGUUGCUCAAGCUGGGAGGUGGCAGGAGGCUAUUUCUUCACCCAGCAUGCCACCAAACCAUGCAACUCCUUUCCGCAGGCUACAGCGGGCACCAACAGUGCACCCGUGUUCGGCUAUGCUUGUGCAGGAAAUUGACACCAAAGGCUCUUAACCUUGCAGAUACCAGCUGCAAAGCGUGAGAUCUCGUCCUAGGCACGCUUGAGGAGAGGCUGUCAAGAGGAGAGCACUGGCUGGGUGGGCCCUGGACUGGUUGGGACAGUUGCAAGUGCCCACAUCAUUGAGUUUUUAGGCUUAAAAUCAGGAGGAGAAGGGGAACACCAUAAUUUCCUAACCCUAGAAGAUACCUGCCUGGGUUGUGUGUGCUGUGGCAUGCUGCCGAGAGGGACAGACCUGCCUUGUGGGGCUGUGCCCACGCAGCAUCCAGCUGGACCACCACCUCCUCCGAGGAUGCUGCAGCGCCUUUGGGGGUCCCCACAGGGAGACGUGAGUCUCCCCUGUUCAAAGUCAGGAUUUGGCAGGCCCCAAGGCUCAGGGAUGGGAAACCCUCCUGGGGGAAGCAGUAUAAGAGGAACUUUGGUGUUUAUGCUAGAAUGAUUGGCAGUAAGAUAAUUAAGUGUUGAGGUUUAAAAUGCCAAGGGACCAUUCCAGCUGAAAUCUAGUCAAUUAAAGAAAUGUCAGAUUAAUUCCUAGUCUCCUCAGCACUCUGCUCUACAGUUCCACUUAUUGUUUCUGAAAAGUUUGUCUUUCUUCUCUUGCUUGGUACCUGAAAGCUCUGUGCAAACGCAGGUGCAGCAAGUGUGAGGGCACACAGGGACAGCUUCCACGCACA